AUGGCGCUGUCGUCUGGACCCCUUGGUGGACUGGCAGGUGGUUUGAAGCCUUACACACACGCAUGCUCCCUGAGAGACGUCGAAUCGAAUGUUGACCCAGCCCAGUUCGAGCAUUUCGUGGAGCUCCUGCGACAGGGCUCCGCUGGGGCUCUGAGAGUCGCUGCUGCAUCCAGGCUUCUGCAGCGCGAAGCUCACAAGACCUCCACCUUGGCCAAGGCCGCGCUUGGCGCUGCGACGUCGAUUCUGGACGAUCCAGAUGGUACACCCGGCAUGCUCGCCAAGAGAGAGACGCAGCGAUAUGCGAUCGCAUGGUGGAACCGCUAUUUCAGAGAUCUCACGAAGUACGAGCCCAAACGCAUCCGGGCUCGUCGCCGCAUAGCAGAUGCCACUGCAGCCAAAGAAGCAGCAGAAGCCAAGCUCCUCGAACUUGAGUCCAUCGACAAAGAUGAAUUCAGGAAGCGACUCACGGAUCACCAGCAGGAUGUGCAACAGAGGGAAACGGACCUGGAGACCAACACCUACCUGACACUGAAAAUGAAGCUGGCUGCAGCGGAGGCAGCGAACGAUCAGAAGUGGGCCGCGAAAUAUCGAGAGAUGCUCGAUGAUUAUUGGCACAAGCGCGAACUCGAACAGGUCAGCAUUGCAGAAGCAAAAAAGGACCUGCAGGAGCAGCAGCGCUUCCUCACGCGCCUGCCACAGGAAUUGAAAACCCAAGAGAGGCGGGCAAAGAAUGCCAGCAGACGACUUGAAAAUGCAGAAAAAUCCCUGGGCUACAUCAGAGGGCAUUUGGAAGAGAUGACAUCUGAAGUUCCGUUGAAGCCCACCAAUCCGUCCGAGAAGCUGCCGAAGGCCCGCUGCCACAGGAUUGGGAAAACCCCAGCUGAAGCUGGCAUUCCGGAGGGGCUUCUCUUGUAUGUGUGGGGUCGAGGUCGACCACAUGCCCCUCGGCAACGCCGUGGGGAUUUCCUGUGCUCGGCUGAAUGCAGCUGGCCGUGUGACGGCGUCGGUGUGAAAUGA